GUUUCUUGAGACAACUGUUUGUAUGAUCCAGACAUCGGCUACAUGUUUGUGUUUCUCUUUCCUCGUGACUCGAUGACGAGUGAGUUUGAUGAAUAAGACGCGAAAAUCAAAAUGGUGCUCCACCGCCUAGCCGAGCCGCUGUUCCCCUCGGUCCACCACUUGCAAAUCCCGUCCUACGUGCUAAUCCCGUGUUCGGUGAUCAUCGGGGCAUGGCUGGUUUUUCUUUUCCUCUGGCUCCAACUCGACCGGCCCGACAAAACCGGCACAUAUCAAGAUUAUGGAAGCAGAUUCAUUCUACUGAUCUACAUUGUGUCCUCUGGCGCUGGCCGGAUCAGCUUGUACGGUGAAGAGGUGGCUGUUGAUCCUCACGCAAAGCAGGUCGUAGUGCAGGAUGAAUUCCGGCAUUGGAAAUUAGAACUUGUGUAGGAGUUGAUGUGAACCACAAACUCGUUCUGCUUGUUCGGUCAGCUUGCUAAAAACAGAGCACUGAGUCGCAGCCAGUAUUGUUUCUGUUUCAUACACCUCCCAAGGACUAUUCUUUUCCGCGAUGGGGGAACACGCACUCAACAGGCUUGAUGGCGAAAGACAAGUAAUUUUUUUCUUAACUGGUACUUGCAGUUUCGGGUUUAGCAGACGAAAAUAGAUGGCUCGUGUGGAAAACGGAUGAACUCUUUUUUUCUAGCUCUCCGUAUCUAUCACUAUCCGUUGUCUGAACCUGAAGGUGUAGCUGAAUCAACUAUCUUUACAGGGCCAUCAUCAUAAUCGGCCUGGUCACGCUGUUUAUGGCCGUAUGUUUCCUGGCAUCCGUCGAUGUGGACAGAGCGCAGGCAGGUGGAACGAGUUUUAUGAUGGUGCAUUUUGUAGUAGUGUUGCUUGAACAUCAGGACCCGGACACAGCCAAGCAGUACCACCUUUCGCAAUCAAUCUGUCAAACACUACUUACAAACAUUCUAUCCAGGCGUCGCUUUCUACUUCUACACGACGGUCGCCCUCUUCGCCAUACUUGGUCUCCUUGCCGCUGGGCUCUACGCGCACGCCGCCCUCCGAAAUGAACUGCUGUCCAGUUUUUUCGUGCUCGCGGUGUUUACGCUGAUUACCGCGUAUUCCACCGGGAUCUUCAACUUCUACGUCAACGUAUCCCCCUACAUGGCCGCCCGAACCGGGAAGCACUACAUCUCCGUCGUGCCCACCGUAGAGGCGUCCGCGUUUCAGGACGCGGGGCGGAUCGACUUCGGGCCCAUGAUAUGCAUUGCAAAACAAGUAUCGUACUCGUAUAAAUGCAUUACAAAUUUCCCCAGCAUGAGAAAUAAAAUCUGCAAUGCAGAUUUACCUUAAGAACAAGAUUUGUAAUGCAAGUCUUGCAUUUAUACGAAACGAAUACGAUACUUUUGCACAGGAUACAUGACGAGACUGAUGGACGACACCACGGUAGGUUACAAACUGAACAACGACAUCUAUUGCACCGCCCCGAUCGUUGACGCGAACGUGGAGCAGCAGAACGACCGGCCGACGCUGCAGUUUUUCGCGGUGGGGAAGAAUUGCUGCAACCACGAGGGGCGGUUUGACUGCAUCGACGCGAAUUCGUUGCUAACCGGGAGCUCGGACGGCGACACGCUGCUCGGGGGCUAUCAAAUGCAAAUAUGUCUGGGUCGUCUGGAAGAAUUCGAAUUUGUGAUGCGAAGUCUACAUCAUGGCAAAAUCUGUCAUGCAUGGCUAGGAAAUGGCCUCACUUCUUGUUUCCGAGAGAGGGGAUUUGUCAUGCGGAUUAGGCAUUGGGUGGAGAGCUGCUCAAAAUCUGCGAUGCUAGAGCUUGCAUGCCAGACGAUCUGGGUCAGGCAAGAACUGCAUGACAGAUCUCGCAUUCUUCCAGACCCAGACAUUUUUGCAGUUGAUAGGGGCUACACGGUGUCAAAACUGCAGACCGUGGACGAGCUGGGGUUUUUUCAGAAAUGGAUCAAGGACCUGAACAAUUUUUUGGUCCACGGGGUAAAACUGCAGAAAUCCGACUUUGACAUUUACCGGUCACAGGCCGACGCGGUCGCGAAAACGGUGCAGCGCUCGGUUUCCGACGACGCCGUGUUUGUGGAGCUGGGGUCCAGUUCCAGCACGACGUACUCGGAAUCGUUGGUGUCCAUACAAAACGCUCUGACCGGGAACUACUUGCAACUGGAUUUGCGGCUGAACGCCACAGCGAACCCGAUUUGGUACUACGCGAAGGCGCCGAGCGGGAACACGUAUAACAUUCUCACGGUAGACAAGAGCACGGACCAGUUGAAGUACCUGGGAAUGGACGUAAAUACCGGCGAAUUAGCGUUGAAGCCACGAGAUAGCGGGACUGGUAUUCUAUGUUGAUUUGUAAAGAUACUUGCUCGUCUUCAUAUACCUACAAUAAGUAGAACAGUCAGCAGGAGCGCUUGGUUAAGCUUUGCCAGACCUGCAUUCUCGUCAUAUUUCUUUACAGCAAUACGUGAUCCUCUAUGUCUAUCUAAGGUCGGGAAAGGUUCACGCUGAACGCGGACGGGGGUCCCUUCCAGCUCGCGACCGGCGAGUACUUCGCCAGACAAGAGACGACCGAAAACGGGCAGUCGAUCAUAAAAGCGGUUUUACUCCCUAACCCCCCGGUGCCGGCGCCGAAGUUCCGCAUAGUGGAUCCGAAUAACUUCGAGAACAGGCGACCCAAGCAGGAGAUAGAGCACAGAUUCACCUUUUUCGGGCCGUUUUUGCUGUACGGUAGCUGGAGCGGCCUGGGGGUGUGGUUGGUGGCCGGCUUUCUGUACUUUCUGUUCCUUAUCAUGGUGCUAUCCGCGCUGCGUCCCGGCGAGCCAGCGAAAACUGAAAGCAACCUAACCGAUAUGCCAAUAGGGGGCGGCGCCGCAGCAGCAGUUCCGGUACCCAGGGAGGCGGCGAUGUGAGCAGUCCGUCGUGGCAGUUUGCGGGUGAGGUCAGAACAGAGCCAACCAUAGGAAUAAACGAGAAUCGAAUAGCUUCGCCCGCUGGGUGUGAAAUCGCAAACUUGCG